CUUCAAGAUUCUUGAAGCAAGAAAGCCUUACGUGGACGCUACCGUUGGUCUGUGAUUAUAUAUUGCAAUAUGAGAAACAUGCUGCUCGUACUUUUCGCCGUGGUGCUUAUUCUACCGGCAUUUCAAGUUGAGGGCGAGCGUCAUCGUGGGGGUACUUUUCCUGAUCUUUGCCACCGGAUCUAUUUUGGGGCCGUAUAUUUGGAGUGCGAAUUUAAGGGAUAUAGGGGUUUUAAACCUCAACUUGAUUCCUCGUGUCAGUUCACAUGCACUGGUGGCAGCAAGCAUUCGUUGCCAGAGGGAGUUUGCGAGAACGGUCAUGUGAAUUGCAAUGCAGACGGGAUGGAAAAACUAAAACAAUGGAAGAACCAGUUGGAUGAGAGGAAAAGUAGGAUUUGUGAAUGA